AUGCCCGAGUCUACCUCGCCUGCAGCCCCCGCAUCUCGAGUCCAGGCACCCACGGCUACCGACCCCGACGCCUACACCAGGCUGCACAUCACACCACUCGACGCCGAUCUCCUCAAAGUCGUCGUUCCCGCAAGCGCCCUGCCCAAGGCACGAGGCAUCUCCUUUCACACCCUGCAAACCUUCCCCGAGAAGCGCUACGGCUUUGUCGAGCUGCCCGCCAUGGACGCCGAGAAGAUCAAGAAGAAGCUGAACGGUGCUGUGCUCAAGGGGUCCAAGAUGCGCGUCGAAAAGGCGAGACCUGAGCCCGCGGCCGAGUCGGCGAAAGAGGAGGAGACGGGCAAGAAGCGCAAGAAGAAGUCGAGCGACGACCCCGAAGGCACCAAGAAGCGCAAGCGCGAUUACAACGUCAUUCCCGGCGUUGAGCUUGAGGAUCGCAAGGUCAAGCGAGGCUGGACUGUCACGGAUGAGGACAAGAUCAAGGAGAAGCGCAACAAGAAGGACCGAAAAGACAAAGAGAGGAGCAAGGAGAAGAAGGAGAAGAAGAAGAAUCGCGAGGAACGGUCAAAGUACACCGACAAGGAGGAGUGCCUGCUCAAGACGAAGCUGCCGGCCAAUGCCCCCGUCGAGAAGCGCAAGAAGGGCAAGUCACGCGAGACGGUCAUUCACGAGUUCUCAAACACGACCAAGUAUCCCAGCUUCCUCAAGUCGAGCAAACCCUCGGAUGCAGCGCCCUCCAAUGCCGAGUACGUCGAAGGCAAGGGCUGGGUGGACGAGGAGGGCAAUGUCGUGGAAGCUGUCAAGGUCCGCAAGCCAGCUGAGCCCAAGUCUGAAUCUCGCAAGAAGAAGAAGACGAUAGCACCGCCAGUCGUCGAGGAUGACACGACGAGCAGCAGUGGCAGCUCUUCUGAGGACGACGACGAUUCGGAAGCAGAGGCCCCUGCCGCAAAACCCGAGAAGGCUGCGACUCCCACCGAGGCUACUACGCCGGCACCGGUCGAUGAUGAUGCUACGAGCAGCAGCGGCAGUUCCUCCGAUGACGACGAUGCAUCAGAGGAGGAGGGGAAAACUAAGGCGAAAUCCACCCCUCCCAGUGUCAAGGUCACAACUGCGGCUGCCGGCGAUGAUGACACGAGCAGCAGCGGCUCUUCCACUGACGAGGAAGUACCGGACGCCCCUGCAGCAGCUGACGAAUCUACCGAGGAGGCCGCCGACAGCCCAGCAUCGGCACUCAAGGGCGAUGGAUCGCGCCCCAAGUCAUCCAGCUCGAGCAAUAGUCUCACAAUCAAGAUACCGCCCGCAACCCCGGCCAAGGUGCACCCUCUCGAGGCUCUUUACAAGCGCGCGCGGGCGGGUGAAGAUGCGACGACGACUCCGGCCAAGGAGUCUCAGCCUUUCAGUUUCUUCGGCGGUGGAGGUGACGACGACGAUAUUGAGGAGGACAACGCAGUUCCUAGCCUGCAGAUCCCCAUGACACCCUACACGCAAGAGGACUUUGAAUGGCGCAACAUUAGGAGUGCUGCGCCGACGCCUGAUACGGCCCACCCCUCGAGGAUCAAGAACUUCUGGGCAGGCGACGAAAUGGACGAGGACGAGGCCGAUGACACGGCCGUGGCCAACGGCGACGAAGAUAACGAGGAGGAAGCUGCUGCUGCCGCUGCUGGACCCUCGGGCGACUUUCAAAAGUGGUUCUGGGAAAACAGGGGCGACCUCAACAAGUCGUGGAUGAAGAGGAAGAAGACCGCGGCCAAGGAGAAGAGGCACCGGGAGAACAAGUCACGAGCGAACAGGGCGGUUUAG